CUGAAGAGUACAGUUACAGUUUCGGUCCUGAACCUGGGAAAUUCUGGGAAGAAUGGGACGUCAGGAUUCUAAUUCUAUACAUCCUCUAUACUCAGUUGUACCUCCUCAUUUUUGGACGCGUUAGAAGGAAAUGGAAAAGGAAGUUCUUGAUCAAUAUGAAUGCUUGGUUCCUGUAUAUUUUUGCUGACUUGUUGGCAACUGUAGCUCUUGGGAAGCUUUCAAAAGUCGAAGAUGAUGAAAAAAAAAAGUUUGUUAAGGGGUUUAUGGGCACCGAUAAUCCUUUUCUAUCUUGGAGGUCCAGACACAAUAACUCUCUUACGUGUGGAUGAAACUCAGCUAUGGACGAGACACUUAAUAUCACUGUUAGCACAAGGUGCAAGAGCGUCUAACGUUUUGAUUGUGACCUGGACUUCUUCUGGACUCGCGAUUCUGAGUUCGUUUAUUUUGAUUUCUGGAAUUAUCAAGUAUGAGGAGCGAAUAUGGGCUAUCAAGUCAAGAACCCGGAAAUCUCACCGAAGAGGAAGCCUGAGCACAAAAAACAAACCAAGCACGCGAUCGUUGUUGAAGAUUGAGAUUGAGUUGGGGUUCAUGUAUGAUGUGCUCUUCAGCAAGGUAGGCACAAUUUUUACCGCAUGGGGUUUCAUUCUCCGGUUUAUUACCUUAUCUUGUGUAGUUUCUGUGUUUGUGGUGUUCUUCAUGGUUUACAAGCCUGAGACUAUAUAUUUCGAUAUUGAUAAACAAAUUACCAUCAUUCUGCUACUUGGAGCCAUUUUCUUGGAGAUAGUUGGACUUCUUCUUCAACUUGUUUCAGACUGGGCGGUGGUUUGGGCAUGGAAGCACCAGAGCAAGUUGUCAAGUGCAGUACUUUUUCUUCACGAACAUCGAAUUUCUAAGAGGGAAAGAUGGUGUGUGGAAGUGGGACAAUUUAGUUUACUGAACUGUUGCACCAAAUAUGAGGCGACGGUGUUCAAUGGAAUGGUGCGGGCUGGCUGGAGGAAACUUCUAAGCAACAAUUUCAGCUUGCCUUCGACGAAAGCAGAACCAACUUUGAAAUUAAUCAUCAAUCAGCUUAGAAAGAGAUCACAGGAGAAUUCCGGACAACCUUCCCAGAUAUCAUCCAUGAAAGCAGCUAUUGUUCUGUGGCACCUUGCCACAGACAUCUGCUAUCAUUCUAAAGAUGAAAAACCUAGAUAUGAAUCGGAAGCAGCCAAAAUAUUGUCAUAUUACAUGAUGCAUCUUCUUCUCAUAUGUCCUAAUACAUUACCCUUCUGCAACACGGAUGGCGACUUCUGGACCGCUCGUGAAGAUAUAAUGGAAAUUCUGAACAACCAAAAACUUACACUCGCUGAUCAAUGUGAGGGCCUGAAAGAGAUACCUCAGGAGCGCUGCAAAAGUAUCACAGUGAAACGUUCGAAAGAUCUUGCCAGUGCGUUGAUGCAGAAGCCGAACAACGAAGGAUGGGAGAUCAUGAGCAGUAUGUGGGUGGAGAUGCUGUGCUAUGCCGCGAAGGAGUGUAAACUGAAAUACCACGCCCAAGAGCUCAGACAUGGCGGAGAAUUUCUGACUCAUGUGUGGCUGCUACUCAUGCACUUCGGCAUAUAUGGAGACCAAGAGAGAAUUAUACCUCCAGAUUUAAGGCCAGAUGCGGAGGAAGGAGCCAAAAGUUUAAACGAUCUCUGUCAAUCAAUGAAGUUUGAAGGCUGUUGACUCAGUUGCUUUGAUAAUCCCACGUAAUAUACAGUCCUUCCAAAUUAUCCAGCUGCAGUAUGGGAAAGUAAUUUACUAGUCUUUUUUAACUUUUUUCCAUUUUGCUGUUAACGAAGUGAUUGUGUGCGUUAGAAUGUGAGAUAUUU